AUGAGAGAUGUUAUCCGUUUGUUGACUCAGAUACUUGCUACCCAGGCUGGACGACAGGAUAGGGGUUAUGAGUAUCCAGAUAGGGCUUCUAGUGCCAGGGCCCGAGAUUUUCUUACAUUAGAUCCCCCAGAGUUUAAGGGUACGAACCCUAAUGCUGAUCCUCAGGAGUUCAUAGAUAAUAUGCAGCGUACUUUAAAUGUGAUGAAGGCGUCAGCUACAGAAUAUCUUGAGUUAGCUACUUAUAGAUUGCAGGGUAUAGCAAUUAAUUGGUUUCAGUCAUGGAGAUUAUCAUGGGGUAGGGAUGCUCUUCCGCCGACUUGGCAGGAAUUCUCAGAUGAAAUGGAAGAUAGAGUUCACCGAUACAUGAUGGGAUUAGAGCCAGGGUUGCAGGAGGUUUGUAUGGCAGUAGCGAUGCAGCCAGGUUCUCAGCAGCAGGUGGGGUCAGGGCAGGAGGUGAUGCCCCCUCUUCGAUGUGCGACUUGUGGGAAACGUCAUGUAGGACGGUGUCGUCAGGGUGUAUGCUAUACUUGUGGUGAUCCGGGGCACUAUGCUAGAGUUUGCCCACAAAGAAUGGGUUGUAUUGUUCCUGAGAAUUCGAUAGUAGCAUCGUCACCCUCAGUGAGAGCCCCAGAGAUAGGACUCCAGACUUCUUCCGACCGAGGUAGGGGCAGAGGUGGAGCAUCUAGCUCCAGUAUUGGGUCGCAUCGUAUCUACGCUCUAGGUGGGAGACCGGGUCCAGAGAAACCGCAGAAUGCACCAUCAGGCCUUCCCAAGGGUUCUUCAGUCUACCUUAUCGUCGAUAUUUUAGUUGACCUGAAGGUAGUGAUAGCCAUUGAUUUGAAUCGUGAAAGGAGGAGGAGCAAAGUUAAUGUUGGCAAGGAGAAAGAAGAGGGAGAGGGAGUGAAAAAUCCACAAAGAAGACGCGACAUUUCAGUUUUCUUUAACUGA